UUAUAUUUUCUCAAUUUACUAAUACAACAUACAUACAUACUCGUACAUUAUAUUUAUAUAAAUACGAAGAUGAAUUUGAAAUACGUGAAUUUUGGUGGUGUGUUCACCACUUUGCUGUUAUUGCAAGCAUUCAUGCCACCGGGAGCUGAAAGUAAGCCGGAACCGGGCAGGAAAGGUUCUAUGGCUUUGGGCGUUUUGGCCGGUUUAACCAUGGGUGGAGCCGCGGCACACUUUGCCACCAAGCAUCAAAUGAAGAAGAAAGAGGAAUUACCUCCAAAUUGCCAGAAGCAGAUUGUAAGACAGCAAGACCCUCAAAAUCCGGGUAGAUACAUUGAAACCGAGAGUGUAGUAUGUACCCCGCUUGAAAACCAGCAGCCGCCGCAACAACAGCAACCACAAUACCAACCGCAGCACCCGGCACCAGCUUAUCAACAAACGGUAAGUUCACAAGCGGAAUUGUCAAAGCCGCAAAAAAUAUUAUAUCCAAAUUUAUAUGUGCCGCAGCAGCAACAACAACUGCAACAGCCGAUUCAAAGACAGCUCGGGUUGCAACAACAAACGCAGGCUCAACAAGCACUACAACAACCAUCGUACUACAUGCCCGCACUGCCAUGUUCUCCACCUGCUCAUCCACAACCAGCCACUGUAAGUAACAGUCAAAGCGCAGAAGAACAAAAUCACCAAGCCGCUGGCCAACAUGAGCCGCCUAAGGCUCCAUCUCCACCAACAGAAUUACAACAGUCUCACAGGCAAUCGCCUUCGAUAUCAUCCUUUAUUCAAAGGAUACGUCAAAGACUGGCCCAUCGAAGAGCACAACAGCAAACUCAAGUCAGUGGUACUCAAGUGCAAUCGGAAAGUCAACCGGCACAGCAACAGCAAAAACCAGCGGUAAAUGUGCCCGAGCAAGUUGCACAAGCUGCUGCGGCACAACCUGAUCAAUAUGUGCAGCCACAGGUAAUGCCGUCUUAUGUUCAACAUCAAAAUCCACAGUACCCAGUAGGUCACCAACAUGCAAUCGGGUUUGUGCCACCUCCACAGCCUGCGCAGCAACCACAAUCCGGUCAAACAGUACAAUCUGCACAACCGCCACAACUUCCUGCACAGCAGCCAGAACAUGUGCAGCCUGUUCAUUCCGUUCAACCAGCGCAGCCUGCUCCAGCAGCCCAACCUGCUCAGCUCGUCCCACAAGCACAACCGGCCGAACAAGUUCAAUCAGCUCCAGCAGCCGCACCUGCGCAGCCAGUACAAUCCAUUCAAUCUGCUCAACCUGCCCAAAUAUCCCAACCAGCCCAACCAUCCCAACCAGCACAGUCAGCACAACCUCUUCAACCAGUUAAUAACCCCCAAACCGCUCAACCUGCUCAACCAGCCCAACCAGCUCAAAUGAUUUAUCCCGCCCUUCCGGUUCAACAACUUCAACCAGCACAAUCCGUCCAACCUAUGCAACCAGUUGCACCGGUUCAACCUGCCCAACCUGCUCAACCAAGUCAGGUGUUUGUUAUGUCGAAGAAAACGCGAUACUUUGGUAAAUCUUCCGCAGAAAGAAUAUUACAAACCAACCUCGUCUUGAUGAUGAUGAUGGCCUUCCUAGUGAUUUGGUGGAAGUAGAUGCAUUUCUUUAUCAACAUUUUUAUUCUCACUUAAUAGUAUGCAGUGAUCAGACUUUAUGAUCGAGUAUUUAAACUUUAAUUUCUCUCUCGAAACUCUUUUAUAAUUAACGGUUUUCUCCAAUGAAUAUAACUAUUUAAUAAAUUUUAUAAA